AUGGCUGCCACUCUGAAUGGGUAUGCUGGAACUACGCUGACGACUGAUGAAUACUCGACAGGCGGGGCGUAUACCUCUGCUCCCGAUACGCCAUCCCCUAUCUUCCCUGAGCGUCUCAUCCGUCCGCUGCCAAAGCGGCCUCUGCGCUCCCGGCUCUCCUCAGACGCAGCAGACACUAUUCUCUACCCGCCCUCACAGCCUACCACACAGCUCUUCUACGGUGCAUACUCGACCACCGGAGACUCUCUCAACGACGCAAAGGUCUACGUACAGCGUAACGUCUACGGGUACGAGCAUAAUGCCGAUGAUGACGGAGACCAUGACCAUGACCACCACCAUCAUCACCACCACCACCACGAUCACCAUCACGAUCACCACCAUGAUCAUGAUCAUGACCACGACCACGACCAUGACCACCAUCAUUACGAAGGCGGGGCAGAGUCUGGGGAAGAUGAGGGCCCAGUGGCUGUCAGGAGAAGUGUAGGGUUUCAGCGAGCUUCCGCACCACCCACAGUUGAUAGUGCAAAAGUGGCCUCGAACGGUGCCCAGGACGGUUACGAUGCUUUUGAAAAUACAAAUAAUAAGAAGAAAAGGAAAAUACCUACGUCAGGUGGGUUAGGGUGCCACUCCAGUCUCUCUUCCGAUAUUGCCAGUCUUUCCUGUAGUGGGGGAAGUGGUGCUUCGAUCUCGGUAGACGACGGUAGCGGACAGGGCUCCUAUUAUGGUUCCGGCAAUCCUGUUUCCCCUGUUGGAACAUCCGGCAUGUCGGGUAAGGGGCGGUAUGGCCGGAAUGGCCCUGGUCGCGGUGCUACCGCCAGGCAGCCGCUUGCUGCCCAUUCGCCUAAUACGUGGUCAACGGGGAGGCGUCACGAUAGUACCCUUGCUCAGGAAAACUUUGAACCAGGCAAAGAUCAAGGAAUUAUUUCUGCUGCAAUAGCGAAUGCAGCAGCGGCCCUGUCGUCCAGCCCUCAAGGCCAAAAAAAUCGGCGCAUUCAGCAGCAGUUUACCAACCUCCACCAUCCCCCAGACCUUGAGAGUAUCUGGAUAUGUGAGUUUUGUGAGUAUGAAAGCAUAUUCGGCCAUCCUCCCGAGGCGCUUAUCCGGCAAUACGAGAUAAAGGACCGCAAGGAGCGUAGACGGUUAGCCGAGAAGCGCCGUUUACUUGAAAAGGCCAAGAUGAAGGGUCGAAAGGGGAAGAAGGGAAACAAGAAUGCCGCAAAACAUCAGAACGCUGCCGCAGUUCAUGGCCAGGGACACGCUCAGACUCAGGGUCAGGGUCAAGGCCAUGUUGAUCGAGCGCCUCCUCACCCCAAUGAUCAGAAUAUUCCACCCGACCUUGAAGAGUAUGAUGAAGAUUAUGAAGAUGAUGGGCAUGAAGACAUUCCUACGGAUGCAGCUCCUCGCAUUCCGCCUUCAAUUCCAAAGCACCAUCACCCUCCUUCUCCACCAAAUUCGAUGAAAGAUAGUAUUAAUGUUGGUGGUACUGGCGGACAUGCAGGCAAGGCGUCAGCUUUGGCAGCUGCCGGAGGAGGAGGCGGAGGUUCUGGCCGAGCGGGUUGA